AUGUGUCGACUAGCCUACGGGCUGGCCAUGAUCGUCGGGCAGCACCUUCUCAGGGGUGCCACGGCACAGGCGGCCGGGCGCGCUGCAGCACUCAAUUGUUGCUUCCCUUAUGUGUGGAGACAUAGACCCUCGUCUUCGACUGUCGCAGCAUGCAUCCGAGCAGGAUUGACAUACUCGCCCCGUCCACGCACCACAGCCCGGUGCGAUAAGGGGCGCUCCAUCUACUGGCCCGACCUCUGCCGUCCGCAUGCGGCGAGAAACAGCUCGGCAAAAUUAAAAAUGGCUGCGGCAAAGGCUACCGAGAUCAAGGCGCUCAUCGACGCCAAGGACAUGGACGGGCUUGCGAGGAGCGUCGCCGACUUCGACGAUAGGCAGCGCGCCGAGAUCUACGCCGCAUUCAGGGCGGCCAACGGGAAGACGGCCUCCGAGUACCUCGACGCCUUGUUCAAGAACGGGGACUACAAGGACCUCAUGAUGAUCGUCCUCGACGACGAGAUCGACGUCCGCUGCAAGCUGAUCAAGAAGGCCUUCAAGGGCGGGAACGACGAGAGGUGCCUCACGGACACGCUCUUGACGACGACCCCCGAGAUCUACGCAAGGGUCAAGGGCAGGUACCACCAGCUCUUCGGGGACGACUUCGAGUCCACGCUCAGGAAGGAGAUCGGCUCCAAGACCGUCUGGGCCCGCAUGGUGAACUCCUGGCUUGCCUUCUGCAGGUCUGCCCGCAACAACGUCCAGGGCGACGCAGAGGCCCUGAAGACCGCGCUGAUCGGCGUCAAGCACCCGGACACGGACACGGUCAUCCGCCUCCUCGGCACGACCGUCCCCAGCGAGUGGAAGCAGAUCUCCGAGGCGUUCGAGAACAUCGCCAAGAAGACGAUCGAGCAGGCCCUCAUCGAGGCCUACAAGGGCGACGACGAGCUCGCGCUCUGCUGCUGCAACGCGACGCUCCACUGCCCCGCCCGAGGCGCCGCCUACCUCCUGAGCCUGGCCUGCCAGAAGAAGGGCGACACCGACCGCUGCUGCCGCAUCACCGGGAUGCUCUACGACCAGGCAGAGCAGUGCAAGGUCCUCUACGCCCACUACGGCAACUUAGCCAAGGACAUCCGAGCCACGAUGUCCAAGAACCUCGCCGAGGCCUGCUGCGUCCUCUGGCACGUCAUGUAA